AUUAAUACUGAGAGACUGAGUCCGCCAGAGCUAGAGAGAAAAUAAUUCACAUACGUGAGUUCCUUCCAUCAGAAGAGACAACGAAAGUUUUUUUUUUCAGAAACAACAGUGUCUUCAAAACGACCACAGAAAGCUACUGAAUAACAACCUUGAGUGACCCCACAGCUACCCACACUCCCGACCAUGAACCUGGAACUCCCCAAAUCUGAUGUCAAGUCAGCCACAAGAGUGACCGGCGGCCCCGCCACCCCCCGCAAGGGACCCCCCAAAUUCAAACAGAGACAGACCCGCCAGUUCAAGAGCAAGCCGCCAAAGAAAGGAAUACAGGGGUUCGGUGAUGACAUCCCUGGAAUGGAAGGGUUAGGCACAGACAUCACUGUCAUCUGCCCCUGGGAGGCCUUCAAUCACCUGGAACUGCACGAACUGGCCCAGUACGGUAUCAUCUGAGACCUCUGGCUGACCCACAAUCCUCUGGGAAUUGCGAACACUCCAUCAUGGUUCUUUUUGGGACUGGGUGGGGGGAAAAAAAUGCGAAAGGAAUACAACAAAAAGGGACAAAAAAAAUCUGCAAAAAAGAAAAUUCUAACAAAAAAAAUCUAUAGUGUAAUGACUUUUCACCACUUUCUUUACCCUGCAGUCAAAAAUUAUAAAAUGAACUGUCGAUGUUUAGAAUCCUCAGAGCUCUUCUGCACACUAUUUCGCAAACUCUCAAACUUUCUGCUACUUGUCUAUCCUUUCUGCAGUUUUCUUUCUGUUCUUUUUCCUGUGUCUUUUUUCUCUCAAAAUGAAACAUGAAACUUAUACAAGCAAAGCCGCCUCGAACGAGUAAACAAUGAAACACACCAGUGAAGCGUAACCACAAGCGAUUCACGAGCCAGAAUCACAACAAUGGAAAACACUCCAUGGACUGAGGUCUGGGACAUUUACUGAGCAGAGACCCCACACUGGUUAAAUUGACAAGAGCAGGAAUCGAUCCCUACUGUAUCUUCCCUAACUAUUCCUUUUUUCUAUCCAUUUCUCUCCUUUCUCUUUAAUUAUUGUGUUCUUUUUUUCUUUUUAAUUAAGGAAACACUCAGGGAUUAUUGCUUUUUUGUGUUGACUGUUGCUAAGGGCAGCUGUCACAGUAGAACCCCCCUGGUCUGUUAGUUCCAUAUAGCCUCUGUCCUGUCUUAUUUAGUUUUAAAAUUUAACAUCUUAAUGCAUGUUUUUGUGUUGUUGCAUGUUUUUUUAAAAAGCAUCUUUAUAUCUCAUUGCACGUUUGACUCUCAUUCUCAUUGCAUGUUUCCAUCCCUUUGCACGCUACAUUGCAUGUUUCCAUCUCCUUGCAUGUUUCAUUUCGAUCUUUUUGCAUGUUUCCAUUUCAUUCCAGUGCAUAUCUCGUUUCUGAAUGCACGUUUGUGCAUGUUGCCCUCUCUCUGAAGCAUGGCAUUAUCAUGUAGGACACCAAGUGGCAUUACUCUUGUCAAAUACACCUCUUUGCAUGCAUUGUUUUCUGUAACAUCCAUCAUUUGUGUGAAAUCUCUUUCUAGAUGCGCCUCUCUCUCUCUUUCCCAUUAUCUCUAUAUUAAUUACAGUAAGAUAAUCAUUAAAACACCCUUUAGCCCUGUACUAAGCUCCUCUAUAACUAUUGGUUCAAACUUUUCUAAACUAUGCAAAAUCAAGGCACUCAUUUGCACUGUUUUCUUUCUGCU